CUUGUGUUUUGUUUUAUAUCACGAUCAGCUCUUUUCGCGAUAUGAUCAUGAUACUGGCGCUCGCAUAGUAACGGAUUAACGGAUUAAGACAUAAUUUCAUGAGGGACAAAUCGUUAUGGCUGGGGCUCUGAGUUUCAUUGGACUGGCAGCAGUAGUGUUAGCGGUAUAUUCACAGUCCCCUCGCAAUGACGGCGCCUCUACCUUCGAACCAACCAACCUAGCCGAAGAAGCUCCCUCGUCUACACUUCAACCACCCAACCAUGCCGAAUACGUUUCAACAGUGAAAGGCAGCAGUCUCAAGACCAUAGCAACAACAUCGAUAAAACUGGCGACGACCACGCCGAGGCCGAAGCCGCCACGACCUUGUUUCAUUCAGCUGCACGACAAACUGAGAUUUUAUGCCGACAUCGACGAAGUUUAUGAUUAUCUCGACUCGCGCGUAAAAACAUCACAAAACCUCGUUCCUCAGGCAUACUAUAAAUGUGUUGACAAGGCUGAUGCGACGCGUGAACAAGUAAAAACGUGCAUGAAUGUACCAAUCACAGCUAUUGAAACAUGGCAAAGGACCCGUGCCGUGGCUUGGUAUGACUUUGAUCCAAAUCUGUACAGAUUAUUUGCAUUCUACAAACAAGUCUUGUCACUUCUUAUCCCGUUUAUUUUGGGAGUCAUUGGUAAUUCGCUCGUGCUCUUCACCAUCUUCUCCUACCUUAAGACGAGGACGGUGACCAACAUUCUGCUGGCUGCCCUGGCUACCACAGACCUCCUGACGAUGUUUGUCUCUGUUCCUGUCAAGAUAUUUCAGCGACUAAAACCAGACGCAAUGACAUUGGGAGUUGUUGGAUGUCCCGCUAUUUACUACCUUCAGUGGUUGUUCUACCAUGCAUCCAUCUAUACAUUGGUUGUCAUUGCUCUGGAAAGGUUCCUUACAAUAUGCUAUCCUCUAAAGUCGAAAACCAUCUCGACUCCCAGCACCACGAAGAUAAUCCUAGUUAUAGUGUGGAUUCUGGCGCUGGUCUUCUCGAUACCAGCAUCUUUUUUCUACGUUGAAUAUGAUAUACUUAAAGAUGUCAAUAGUUGUUAUCCAAUGUAUGGAUGCGGUGAUCAUGCAUCAUCCCGGCAGCAGCUCUAUUAUAAGCUUGGCGAGAUUGCCUAUACGAUCCAAUAUGUUAUAGUCGGGUGUAUCAUGUUUAACUAUAUAAUUCCUCUGACCUUUAUGGUCGGUGCGUAUGGAGCUGUGAGCGUCUCACUCAUAAAGAGCAUCAGAGCCGGCAGGGAAAUGAAAGCAGCUGCAAGCAAUGAACAAGGAAAGACAGACGAUGAUGCUGAUGCUAAAAAGAGAUUCAAGAUUGUUAAAAUGCUUAUAAUGAUAGUAGUGUUAUUCGCUCUAUUCUGGGCACCAUACAUCGUGUGGAUGGUAAUGUACAUUUUCCCGUCCAGUGCAGGCGACUUCAGUGAUAAUGCUGUACACUGGAUUGCAUUCCACAAUAGGGCAGCUUUCGAAUUGGGUCUAUCUAUCGUCUAUGGACUAGCCUAUGCUAAUAGCUGUGUCAAUCCUUUCAUUUACUUAUUCAUGUCAAAGUCAUUCCGUGAUGGUUUCCUCUAUGCCGUCGGUUGUCGGAAAGGACGUGAUCCCCGGAUGUCAUCAGCAGCAUCCAAAAAUACAAUGUCAACGCGAGCUGCUUCAAGCGCUGCUGACUCUUCUGCUGCAGCCUAAGAUGACACGGAUUAAUGUCCAAAGUAUCCUCACGUUCGCUCGUAUUGAACGCAGGAUCGCAGGACUUUGCUAACUUAAGUCUGACAUUUGACUCCAAGAACGGACGUUCUACAUAAUCGUAGAUUCAUUUGACGAUACAUUUAGUUUGUCUGAAUCGAAACAUUUUGUAUAAUGAAUUUUGCCGGUUCUUCUUUAAUAAUAUCAUAAUAAGGCUAUAUGUAUAUUCAUCCAGGUCACUGCUCAAAGCAGUUUAAAUGAAAACCUUAGGAUUACAUCCUUUUUUAUAUCAUAUUGUGAAGAUGUGAAUGACGUCAAUACUGACUAUAUUGAUACUGCAACUUCAGAGCCUCACAGCAUUUUUUGUGUCUGCAGAAACAAAAGUGUUCAACUGCCCUGCAUUGAUCCAAAAUAAACGACAGUCGAUCGUUGGCCAUGUGAGCGAAAAGGUAACAAUUGCAUUCAGUCAAACGUAUAUUGAUCGACCUUAAAGCUGAACUGCAUGCACAAAACCUUCUGAAUACGGCCUGAAACACGAUAGACCUCCAAUGCUUCGAUGCGCUUGAUUUUACAAACCAGCAAGCCGUGGGAUGAUGCGGACCUUCGCAGAGAAUUCUGGAAGGAUCGGGACUCGAACUCGAGACAUCUGGUUUUAUUUGCCAACACUCUUAUCCUGCUUCAAAAUGCCUGUCGUUUUAUACGCCUUUAUAGAAUGUGCAAACAUUUGUGUGCAAUCUUUGUUCAACAUCUUUGAGCGGCUUCCAGUGGGCAACUGCAGGAAGAAAGUCAUUUUUUCUUUGCUGUGCGUGAUUAUGUAUGCGGAGUCAACGUUUUCUCUUGGCAAUGUUCACCUUUGUCUUGGUAUCUUCUUCUACUACACGUACUUGAGAAAAUUUCUGGUUCAUCUCUCAAAAAUAAAACAUAAUCGCCAUUCAUAUAAGAUCUAUUUGCUGGCAGCAGUUUACAAGAAAGCUUCCCUAGCUCAGACGGUUAGAGCGUUCGUAUUCUGAGCCCGAGUUCCCGGGUUCGAAACCCUGGAGAAGAUUUUGAUUUUUUCCCUUCCAUAAUUCUUCGAGACUGUCCGCAUCGUCCUGUUGCUUGCUGGUUUUUGAAAUCAAGCGCAUCGAAGCAUUGGAGGUCUAUCAUGUUUCAGGCCGUAUUCAGAAGGGUCUUUCGGUCGUUUGAAUUUCUUACUAUUACCGCAUGGGGUGCUCUGGUUUUGUGCAUGCAGUUCAGCUUUAAUAUGCAGAGUCUAAGAUGUAAGGUUCUAUGCGUUAACCUUAAUAGAUAAUUUAAGAAAUGCGAGCAUACAGGACACUAGGUGCUAUUUUUUAUAGCCUUUUGUUCUUAUUAUCGCGAUUAAUCAUGCUCGCGAUAUGGUUUCGUCAAGUGUUUUUACCGACUUUAGUGCGAUGUUCCGGAGAUUUUCAUUUCACAGCGAUUACACGAGAAACCGAUUCACUAAAUAAUAAGGUGAUAUGAUCUCCACUGCGUCUUAUCAUCUCCACAACUUUAUGACCACAGUUUUAUUGAUACCGAUUGUGUUACUCGGAGAAAAUUGACAUCCACUUCAUUGAUUGCUUAAUGUUUUCACAUUUGACAGGGACGAUUGAAAAAAAUAAUGUUCAGUUGCUGUAUGCUAGAGUUCGUGAUAAAUCAUCCCACUGUCCACUGGACUGAUUGGGUUUCAAUGAUUUAGAAAAAUAAACUCGUGAAUGUGGAAUUUUUUGAAUUGUCAUUUUAGAAUUGAAAUUGACCCAUCGAAAUCUCCCCUAAAUAGCACUGAUAGUCGUUUGCAAUCUCUGAGCACACCUUUGCCACACAGUGCACUGUAUAAAUAUGCGAGUUGAGAUUCAGUCAAAUCACUCAUUGUUCCAACAACAUGACUUACGAAGCAUCAGUUAACAUCAGCAAUAGUGAUACUCCGCUGAAACUUGUGUUGUCCCUGAAUGUUCAGUUGUACAACCGAGAACAAAACGAAGCAAAAUGAAGGUUGGAAUGAAAAUUCGGAGGUUCGCCAACACUCAUUUUGCAAAACAACAACAAACUCAUCAUAAAACCCAAACAGUUAAGAUCUUCUUUGCCUGUUAAUAUUUCAGUUUUUAAAGAAUAUCGUUCCAAAAGCGUGGUGAGGCUGGCAGAUUCAGAAGUUCAUACGAAUGACGAACUACGAAAGUAUAUCGCGUUAUCAAGUCACUGAUGCGUCGCGUGUAUCACUUUCUAAUCUUAUUUGUACGAGGAAUCGAGGGCAAUUUUGCAAAUGUUUCCAUAUUUUCUAGAAACUAGAUGAGAUUCAAAUACUGGUGUAUGCUGUCAGUCAUUCAGGCGUUUUAAGAAUAUAACACACUGACGUUCAAUCUGUUUACUGGAUUAAAAUUUAUUUUAGAAUUAUUGUCAACAUACUGCAUGAAACGUGAGCACAAUGCCAUCAGUCUUCACAGGGGAAGUUGCGUGAUCGCACGUACAAAUGAAGCAUUAGUUCUGAAGGAACUAACGAGGACAAUGUUGACACUGUCGUCUAUCGCCAGUCAAUUUGAAUCUGGUUAACAGUAAAAACUUCAUAGUUUUACAUUGAAAAUGGAUGCAUUUUCCAAUGACUGGGGUUUUGUAGAUAGGCUCGAUGGUUCUAAACCGAUUUCCGACAUGCCAAAGUCAAUACAUUGAUUGCAUCCGCUCUAAACUUGUUC